CAUCAAAUGGCUUUCUCUUUUUCUCUUCGCCUUCUCCCGGACACUACGACCGCUUGCAAUCAUUCCCUGUUUCCCCGCUUACAACAUGCGUUGCCAGCUUUCUUUCCUACACCAAUCAUUCCUUGCAAAUCGUGAUAGCUUCUAGAGGAUGUCUUUGCACCGAGACCAUUGGGUGCCUCAUAAUAUUUUGAGGCUGCACGUCCAGCCCUGGUCCCGGUAGCUCGCCGGGUGUCACCAUGCUGCAGUUGAGUGCUUCAUCCUCCACACGAAGCGAGGCCCUGUGUGUUCUACUGUCACUCAAGACCUAACGCAUCGACGAGACAUGUAGGUACCCACCAAUACAGAAAUAAGCCUGUGGGAAGGGAAGACACUUGAUGCAUUGCAUUUCGAAGACCUUGAACUCGUACUCAUAUUCAUGCCCUCUCCUCAAGUCCAAAGGAGGGAACCAUUUCAACCUGGCUUCCAACUUCGUCCGGACAGCUGCAACUGCUACCUCAAUUCAUCUCACCCCUCAACGCUGCAGCUGCUAAGAAUGUUGAGUAACCCAAGUGUUUUCGCGCGCGCGCGUGCGCGUGUGUGUGUGCAGAACAGGUCUCUCUUAGCAACUGGAACUAUUCAGCACCAAUCCACGGAUCCACAAUAUGCAUCGGUACCCUACCGAUAUACCCCAUAUCGCCAAAAACGUCCAACCAGGACACAGACGACAUACCACUACAGGCGUCGCUAGACAUAAAGCACACGGCUUCAGAAUGCUGUGUUGUUGCAGAGCACCUAUUUGAGGUGUGCCAUGUGACCCAUCAUCACACCACGGUCGACUUUGUUUCGCCUGCUACCAAAAGCAUACACUGUUUUAAAAGCUCCACCACGGCACAAAGGCCUUCUGUCUGAUGAGGUUUAGCGCCGCCUUCUACACGACUACCGUGACAACAGUGUUCGCAAUGGGGCAAGUCUUACAUAGAACGUGGUAAUAGUUCCCGGUCGCCAUCUCCAGAAGAGGGAAGCCCCUCUUCAAGACUGUCAAUCAGUCAUCAUCCAACAUGCACACCCAUCCAGUCGACAGUCAUUGCCCCGUCUUGCUUCAUGUUAGUCGUGACGGCUGCGAGUCAGCCAACGUCACAGAAACAAUUGGUUCGGUUUGAGGGGGAUCAAGCAUACAAAUCACUACCCUCUAACUUCGGUUCCACCUAAUACUCAGGUUGGCACUGACGGACGACAUUGCUACAAAGAUCGGUAGACCAGUGCACGCUUGGGGCCACUUUGACUCUCAAAUACUGCUUCAUAAUCGAAGAAGAACAACAUGCAAUAUCACUCGGGUGCUUACGAUUCACAAAGCCAGUGGAAAGAAAGCUCGACAUAACGAACACCACACGUGGAUUGCCUAUUUGGAGAACCUAUUCUUCUACCCAAUCUUCUCCUCGGUGUCUCACUUCUUCCACAAGCCAAUGGGAGAACCCACAUGCUUACAGAGAGCUUCCUCGAAGCUGACGCGCCGUAUCUUCAUUAUGUGAUUGACGCGAGGCAUCGCAAGGCCCCACUCAAAAACCUCACUUCCCAAGUAGACAACCUCCUGCAUCUCGACGCCGAAGUUGUAGUGGACGGCACGGCCGCCUGGCAAGUGCCGACAGAGCAGAUCAAAUGGCAUCGGCUGGUUCUCAGCGAUGCGAGGGAGACAGGCGUCGUGACAGUGCAAUUCGACGCGAAGGGUUGAGUCUGGGUCUUCCUUUCCCGACUCGUCGAUCAUGGUGAUGACCAUUGUGCCCUUGGCAUUGUCAUUCCAUGGUUUGAAGAAGGCUUCAGUGGGCUUGGUUCCCGAAAGAGGCGUGUAUUUCAUGCAGGUCCAACAGAACUGGAGGUCGCUGGGCAUCCAGUUGCGCAGGAGGAGGAGAGUCAUGCGGCGUCUGCUGCAGUAUGUGUGGUAUUCGUCGUGACUGUAGCCGAUGAGUGAAUCUGAGUCCGUCAUGCAGAAGCUGCCAAAGAAUUUGUUCGUCAGGGCUAGUGAAACGCGGCUCGGGACGUCGAGGUAUCCAAAAAUUUGG